UCCUCUUUUUAUGCUUUUGUUUUUGUAAAAGCAAAGACCCGCCCAAGGGAAAGGCAAGCCAAGACCUCUUCACCGGAGAAAUGGGAGUGAAGAACUUGUGGGAUAUCUUAGAAUCGUGCAAGAAAACUCUCCCACUUCACCGUCUUCAGAAUAAGAGGUUAUGCAUCGAUCUCUCAUGUUGGAUAGUUCAGCUUUCCAGUGUAAGCAAAUCCCAUUGUCAUUCGAACAGUAAGUUUUACCUACAAGGGCUCUUUUACCGCCUUCGAACUCUCAUUGCCUUGAAUUGCAGCCUUAUUUUCGUUACAGAUGGUUCAAUUCCUGGGAUUAAAGUGUCAACUUAUAGACGCCGCUUGAACAAUGGAAAUGAGAAACAGGUUGCUCAAACUGAUGCAAAUCCCCAGCAGAUUUGCUCACUGAAAAGAAACAUGGGUUCUGAGUUCUCUUUAAUGAUAAAAGAGGCACAAGCCUUAGGACUGGCGCUUGGUAUCCCUUGUCUAGAUGCGGUAGAGGAAGCUGAAGCACAAUGUGCAUUGCUGAAUUCAGAAUUAUUAUGCGAUGGAUGUUUUACUUCAGAUUCAGAUGCUUUCCUUUUUGGUGCUAGGACAGUAUAUAGGGAUAUCUGCCUUGGAGAUUCUGGACAUGUGGUUUGUUACGAAUUGGAUGACAUCAAAACACGGUUAGGAUUCGGAAGGAACUCAAUGAUUACAUUUGCUCUACUUCUCGGUAGUGAUUACUCGCAAGGCGUUUAUGGCAUGGGACGUGAAUCAGCUUGUCAGCUCGUUAAAGCAGUAGGUGAUGUUGCUGUCCUUCAAAAAAUUACAUCUGAGGGACUGGCUCUCGCGAAGAAGGGGAAAAAUUCCAAGAAGCAAGAACUUCCUAAAUCUGGGAAUGGGCAGUAUAUUCUUAAAUGUGAUGAGUUUUCAGAAGUCAUUGAUGCCUAUUUGAAACCCAAAUGCCACUCAGCUGAUUCUGAAGCUGUGAGUAGGGUUCUUGUUCAGCACCCUUUUCAACGCGUCAAACUUCAGCAGAUAUGUGCCGAAUUUUUUGGAUGGCCUCCGGAUAAAACAGAUGAGAAAAUUCUCCCAUGGAUAGCAGAAAGAGAUCUACGGCGAUUUGCGAACAUUCGGUCUAGAACAUCAGAACUUGGUUUCAAUAUUCCACUUCAAGAGAUACCAGUUAGUUGUCCUGUUUCUGGUAUUGUCAAGCAUCGAAAAGUCCAAGGCAAUGAAUGUUAUGAGGUUUCUUGGAAAAAUAUUGAUGGGCUUAUAUCUGUUGUCUCAGCAGAUCUCUUGCAAAGUGCCUGUCCCGAGAUGAUUGUAGAAUUUGAAGAGAAAAGAGCUGAAGGAAAAAAGCAAAACAAGGGCAAAACUAAAACAAAGAAGUCAGCAGCUGCUAUGGCUGAAAUUGAUAAAAGACUUCAAACUUUGUUGCUCGAAAUUGAAUCUGAAAGCAGGGCAGUUCAUAAUAUCUCCCAUCUUCCCAUAGAUUCAAAGACUUCUGGUACUGGUGUUCAUGAACUGAACCAAGAGGUUUUUCUCAACAUUGAACCAAUCAUUGUUGACCAUGCUCGUAGCUGUAGCACAAAGAGGAUUGAGGUCAUCGAUCUCUUAAGCCCUUCACCUGCAAUUCACACCCAUAGAGUUUCGAAAUUUCAACAGAAAACUAGCCAAAAGAUUGAUGUAAUUGAUUUGAGUGAUACAGAAAUUGAUCAGUCACCAGAACAUGAGAGAAAGGCAAGGGAGUUAAGAUCUUUCAUAGCUUCAUUAAAGGGUAAAUGACUUCCUCUGGAAGGACAGUAAUGUACCAAUGUAUGUGGCAAUAGAAGUUGCAUAUCUAUUGCAAUGAGAUCAUUGCUGACAGAAGGAAUAGAGUUUGGAAUCUUGUCUUCA